UGUCCAGUUGGAGGGAGUGACACAUCUGUAGCCAGCCCCUCCCUUCUCACCCAUCCUUGCCAGGCUCUCACGUGCUCACAGGGCAUCAGGCAGAAGCCGGCCCCGUGGCUCCCACAAGGGCAGGCCUGUCAGGUUUAAAGGAGAGCAAACCUUGGACAAAGCCACCGUGUCAAGACUCCCUUGGAGGAACUACACAAAGAGGAGUGAGAAGAUGAAUGGGCCAGUGGAUGGUUUGUGUGACCACUCUCUGAGUGAGGAAGGAGCCUUCAUGUUCACGUCGGAAUCUGUGGGUGAGGGACACCCAGAUAAAAUCUGCGACCAGAUCAGUGAUGCAGUGCUGGAUGCCCACCUCAAACAGGACCCCAAUGCCAAAGUGGCCUGCGAGACGGUGUGUAAGACGGGCAUGGUGCUGCUGUGUGGAGAGAUCACCUCUGUAGCCAUGGUGGACUACCAGCGGGUGGUACGAGAUGCCAUCAAGCACAUUGGCUACGAUGACUCUGCCAAAGGCUUUGACUUCAAGACCUGCAAUGUUCUGGUGGCUCUGGAACAGCAGUCCCCAGACAUAGCCCAGUGUGUCCACCUUGACAGAAAUGAAGAAGAUGUGGGAGCCGGAGACCAGGGCCUGAUGUUCGGCUAUGCCACGGAUGAGACGGAAGAGUGCAUGCCUCUCACCAUCAUCCUCGCUCACAAGCUCAAUUCCCGGAUGGCAGAGCUGAGGCGCUCCGGUGUCCUUCCCUGGCUAAGGCCGGAUUCCAAGACUCAGGUGACAGUGCAAUACAUGCAGGACAACGGUGCGGUCAUCCCGGUACGAAUCCACACCAUUGUUAUCUCCGUGCAACACAAUGAGGACAUCACUCUGGAGGACAUGCGCAAGGCCCUGAAGGAGCAGGUGAUCCGGGCCGUGGUGCCAGCCAAGUACCUGGACAAAGACACCAUCUACCACCUGCAGCCCAGCGGCCGGUUUGUCAUCGGCGGCCCCCAGGGUGAUGCUGGCGUCACUGGCCGGAAGAUCAUUGUGGACACCUAUGGUGGCUGGGGGGCACACGGCGGAGGGGCCUUCUCUGGGAAGGACUACACCAAAGUGGACCGGUCAGCUGCUUAUGCUGCCCGCUGGGUGGCCAAGUCCCUGGUGAAAGCAGGGCUCUGCCGAAGAGUGCUGGUGCAGGUAUCCUAUGCCAUCGGCGUGGCUGAGCCACUGUCCAUUUCCCUCUUCACCUAUGGAACCUCUCAGAAGACAGAGAAGGAGCUGCUGGAUGUGGUGAACAAGAACUUCGACCUCAGGCCAGGUGUCAUUGUCAGGGACUUGGAUCUGAAGAAGCCCAUCUAUCAGAAAACGGCAUGCUAUGGCCACUUUGGAAGAAGCGAGUUUCCCUGGGAAGUGCCCAAGAAGCUUGUGUUUUAGAGCUGGUAGGAGCCAAGCUGGGCACCUCCCUGGAAGCAUCUGGGCAGGCCCCUUGCUCUCCUCCAAGAUCCUGUCAGUUCUCCCCAAAAUGGGCUCCCUGUUCAUAGGGCCUCUCCUGCCCUCCUACCACCCCCCACCCCCUGCUUCUUAUCUUCAGCAGGAAGGGCAGGGAGCAGGGGCUUCCUGGUGCUGGGGGCCCAGAGCUCCUUCCUUCCCAGGAAUAGUCAUGAUGUUCCACUCCCCCUGUCUCUCAGAUUGGAGGGAAAAUGCUAAUUUAGUGAAAAGUGCCCCGUUGUCAACAGCAAGUGCUCCCACAACCUGACCCCGAUCCUUUCCUCCCUCCUCCACAUCUCAUGCAUCUCAGGGCUACAGUGAGCUUGCCCUCACAACCACAACCCUGGUUCAGGGCCUUUCCUGCCAGUCUGGGCUCCUGGUGGGGACAGGCACAGGUACCGACACUGUGCAAGAGGAAAUACUGAGCAGACACCUGGUCGAAUCUCUUCUUCACUAUAACAUGAUGUGGGAACUCCUCUUGGUCCCCCCCACACUUAUAAAUGGAGAAACUGUGGCAUAGACCACUGAAGUCAUGGUCCCAAGGUCCCUGAGUCCCAAGGUAGCACAGGCUAAAGCCGAGACAUAGUCCUGGUGCCUUGAUUAGGGACCUAUAGAACACUGCCCCCACCCCGCAUCCUCCACCCCCCACGCCAGAAACAGGCCUGAGCAAUGGCAUAGCAGGAUUCAUAUUCAGGACUCAGAGACCUGGGCUCUGCCCCAAAGCCCUUAGGCUGCUAGGAAUUCAAGGACAGUCCCACUGACAAGGCUGAUUUAGGGGCAGAACCAAAGAACUGUUUUUUGUUUUGUUUGGUUUUGUUUUGUUUUGUUUUACAACCAUGUAAAGCCAGAUCCUGACCACCUCUGAACAUGUGGGACUGGGGCUUGGGGACCUCCAUCUGAACUUCUUAAAGCCAAUGAAGUAGUCUGUCUUCACACAAGCAAGGAAGUCCAUAAACAGCACUGGCACCUUGUGUGAUGUUUAUCUUUGACCCAUUCAGUAGUAUUCCCUGCAUUCUGAACACUGGGGGAUUAACUAGCUCCCCACCCCAUGUCACUUCCAGAGAAGCCAGUCCUAAGGCCCAAUCAUGUACUGUUAGUGACCUAAAUGGCAGAGUUUGAUUUCUAAUGAUGGAGAAAUGGGUUGAAAUGUCAGUGGAAAGUCUAUGCUGGACAGACAGCACUACUCCCCAUGGUCCACAUGGCCCUCAGUGAGCCGGAAUCUCGAUUCUGCACAUUCACCUGCCUCCCAAUUCCAUUUCCCUCUGUUAUCGCCCUCCUUCCCACCCACCCCCUCCCACCUUGGGUCCUCAGCCUUGGAGGCAUCUGACUGCAUAACUGCCUUCUUCCCAGCUCCCUGAGUUUAGGUCUGAGUCGCCCUCCCCUAGCCUCCCCCCCCCCCCCCAGAAGGACACUGGGGACUAGAUUGCAUUCCAGAGCUGGAGGGACUGCUUCUGGCUGGGAUCAGCAAUAGGAGACAGAUUGCAACUAUCUACUUCAGCCUGGGGUGCAAUGAGCCCAGGCCUUCUCCUUCCAAGAGGGGGUAGGCAGUGCAGGAAAGAAUCCAGCAUUACCCCAAAGCUUAAAGUGUGGUGGUGGGGGGGUAUGUUUGGGUGUGGGUGUUUGUGAGAGAGAGAGAGAGAGAUCUCCGCCCAGGACUUCCUGUCAUCCAGAACACCACCUCAAGUUCCUUUCGUGAGGGAAGGCACAACUUUUCAGGGGACUCAGUUCCCCUACCACGGAUCAUGUUCAAAAGAAAAGUGAAAAGUUCACCGAAUUUCUUUUUGUUUUUUUCCCAGUUGCUAAAGCAGCAUGGUCUUUUUAGGGUGGCAGCAUUGAACUUAUAAAACUAGCACCUUUAUAUUUGUUAAUAGUUUCUUCAAAGACAAGAAAUAAAAAUUCAAGGAACAAUUA